AUGGCAGCCAUAGGUCAUUUACGGGAGUUCAAUGUUAGUGUUUCUGACUGGACAAUCUACAAAGUGCAGUUAACGAACUACUUCGCAGCAAACAACAUAACCGAUCCCGCAAUAAAAAGGGCAAUAUUUCUAAACUGUUGCAGCGAAAGCAGUUUUCAGCUUUUGAACAGUUUGUGUAUCCCGGAUACUCCACAAGAUAAAGACUUCGAUAAUUUACUGAAGUACUUCGAUACAUACUUCGCUCCGGCGAAAUUAGUUUUUCCAGAAAGACAGAAAUUCUAUAAUUGUUCUAAAGCCAAAGAAGAAUCUGUUCAAGAAUGGGCUGCUCGUGUUAGACAACUGGCUUCCAGAUGCAAUUUCAAAACGGCCGAAUUAUCCACCAUUUUGAGAGAUAAAUUCAUAAUGGGGUUUGAAAAGGGGCCUAUAAUGGACAGGCUAUUCGAAGAAGACGAAACAAAACUCACUUUUGAAAUGGCAAUUGAAGUAGCAUGCAGAAAAGAGGCUACAUGCAAGACUGAAGUGGCUUUUGGAAAUGUGAAGAAAGAGGAGAUGGAGAUGUACUAUUCGAAGACGAAACUUGGACCUGAAUUUCCUGAGAAGAAAUCGAAGCAUGGUUAUGAAAGAAAACUUUUCGAGAAGAAACGGACAACGGAAUGUGAUGUGUGCGGUAAAGUUCACUAUGGUUUGUGCAGACUUAUGAUGGCAAGAAAAUUCAUCCCUUGGGAAAAAUCGAUGUUUGUAUUGGAUACAGAGCCUAGACCAAUAGCUUUUGCUCUGAAAGAAAAAGUGGAAAAGGAGAUAGAUAGAUUGGUUGAAGAAAAUAUACUAACACCUGUUGAUUAUAGCGAUUAUGCUACUCCCAUUGUGCCUGUGUUGAAAAGUAAUGGGUCAGUUAGAAUAUGUGGAGACUAUAGUGUAACUUUAAAUCCAAAUUUGGAAAUUGAUAAAUUUCCUUUGCCCAGAAUAGAAGAACUGUUCACUAAAUUGCAGGGUGGUACUAUUUUUACCAAAAUAGAUUUGUCUAGUGCAUUUCAGCAGGUCGAAUUAGAUGAUGAAAGUAAAAAACUCACCACCAUCAGUACUCAUAGGGGUUUGUUUUUUUAUAAUAGGUUACCGUUUGGCAUUCAUUCUGGUCCUUCGAAAUUUCAAAAAAUUAUGGAAAAAGUGCUGGUGGGUUUUGAAGAUGUGACAUGUUUUCAAGACGAUAUAUUAAUUUCGAGUAAAGAUAUUAAAGAACACAUCGAUAAAGUUCGAAGUGUUCUCCAUAAGAUGUCCGAAUGUGGUUUAACAGUUGAGAAAAAAUACUUAAAUCGAAAUGGAAUUAAAUUGAAACAAGGACCUCCGUAUCAUCCUGCUACUAAUGGACAGGCUGAAAACUCAGUUAAAAAUAUUAAGUUGUCACUAUUAAAAGCUCUAGAAGAGAAAGAUAGUAUAUCUAGUAUAGAGGAUUUAAGAUUGGAUGAGUUUUUUAAAUCUCCUGAUUUAAAAGAAAGGGAAGAGGUUAAUGAUGUUAAAUCUAAGAGAAUUAGGAGAAAACCAGAUAGAUUUUGCUUUUGA